AUGGAAGCCCUUUUAACUAAGGACUCGAUAAGAACGUCAGAUAAUGAAAAGCCGCGUGUGAAAUUGACACAGUUGGAGAUCCCAAGGUUUGGAGGUGAUCUACACCAAUGGCCGGCCUUCAAAGCAUUCUUCAUGUCGACAGUCGACGAGGGCAACUUACCAGUAAUAACGAAGCUACAGUACCUAAAGUCUUCACUGCAAAGUUUAGAUUCAUUAAGAGCUAUAAAAUUGCCCGUUGACAGCUGGGAUGCUAUUUUGGUAUUUUUUAUAUGUCAGAAAUUGGACAAUUCACUACGUGCUGCGUGGGAACUUAACCCCUUACAAAGCACAACA